AUGGCGAGCUGCAGCGGGGCCGGGCAGGGGCUGCCCGAGGUGCGGCGCAGCAUCGGCCCCGCUGACGGCAUCACGGUCCCCUCACUCCCGCAGCGCAAGGGCACCCUUGUGCCCCUGGAGCCGGCGCUGCUGUGGAACGUGUCGUGGCCUGGCUUCCGCAGCAUCGUGCAGCUCCUGGACUGGUUCGAGGUGCCCAAGGGCUUCGCACUGCUCAUGGAGCGUCCGCAGCGCUUUCAGGACCUCUGGUGCUUCCUGCACGAGUGGCGGUUCCUGACAGAGCCCGUGGCGCAGGGGCUGCUCCGCCAGGUGCUGGAGGCCGUGCGGCGCUGCAGCAGGUGCAGCAUCCUGAACUGCCACAUCAAGGCCGAGAACGUCCUCGUCAACCUGGCCACAGGUGAGGCAAAGCUCAUCAACUUUGGCUGCGGCAUGGUCCUCCAGGACACGUUCUACACCCGGAUGUCAAGAACCUCAGAGUACAGCCCACCGGAGUGGAUCCUCUUUGGCUGCUACCAUGGCCAGCCAGCCACCAUCUGGUCCCUGGGCAUCCUGCUCUGUGAGCUGGUCUGCGGGCACCAUCGUUUCCACACCAACGAGGACAUCGUCCAGGGCCAGCUCUUCUUCCCACCCCAGAUGUCUCAAGAGUGCCAGCACCUCAUCAGGUGGUGUUUCUGCAUGGACCCCACAGACAGGCCAUCACUGGAGGACCUUUUUGAGCAUUCUUGGCUGCAGGAGCCCUGCCUGGCCCAGGAGACAGCAGAGAUGCAUCCCUGUGAGGAUUACACCUGGUGCCCGGACUGGACGGGGAAGCACCUGCAGCAUCCAUGGAGCGCAUCCAGUGCCAGUGCUGCCCCAGGGGCCACAGUCUGCAGAGACAGCCCCUUCCAGAAGGAUGAGGACCUGGUGCGGGAUCGGCUCCUCUCCUGGCAGCAGCUCUCCAGAGACCCCUCUUAG